GGCACACUUUGAAUUUGGCAUUAAAAUGUUUCGACGCGGCAAGUUCUCCUUUCUGAGCAGCAAAGAUGAUCGCAUCAAGAUAAUCAACGAACGCAUUAAUCUCACCGAACGGCAUUUGAUGGAAAUGUGUUCAGCAUUUUCGCUGCUCACACGGAAAAUGGCCAAAUACCGCGAUGCACACGAUGAGCUGGCCAAGAAUAUUAAAAACUACGCCGAUGACGAGGAGAUCAACGAGAGCCUCUGCAACGGCCUGAAGAGCUUUACCAAUGCGCUGACCAUAACCGGCGACUACAUGGAUAUCAAUGUGCACAGGCUGGAGCUGAAGAUAGUCAACGAGCUGGCGCACUUUGAGCAGCUGUGCAAAUCGACGAGGGACAGUCUGCGCUUGGCUGUCAUAGCCCGGGACAAGGAGGUGCUUAGCCAGCGCCAAAUGCUGGAGCUCAAGUCCAAGUUUGCGGCCAACAAUCAGAGCGCCGCCGAUUCGGAGCUGUUCAAGACCAAAAUGGAGGUGCAGCGCACCAACAAGGAGAUCGACGAGAUCAUCAGCAGCUUUGAGCAGCGCAAGCUGCGGGACGUAAAGCAGGUGCUCAGCGACUUUAUACUGAUUGCCAUGAAGCAACACACCAAGGCGCUGGAGGUGCUCAGCGCCAGCUACUACGAUGUGUGCAACAUCGACGAGCGCGACGAUUUUCUGCAAUUCCAGAAGCUGAUGAAAACCAAAGAGGAGCCCACCGCACGCAAGUCAACGCUGAAGAAGGGUCUGCGCGCCCAGUCUAUGGACAGCCUGGAGCGUGAUCACUUGAGUCCGCUCAAGCGUCAGCAUAAGCUAUCCAGAAGCAGCAAGAAUUUAACUGGCGCCGGCAUAAGCCGUUCCAGCAAGGCCGAACCGAGCGAGGAGGAGGAGGAUGAUGAAGACGAUGAGAGCGAGCUGGACGAGGACGACGACGACGACGAAGACGAUGAAGAGCAGGAGGAGGAGGCGGAGAGCGAACAAAGCGCCGAGGAGGUGGGGCAGGAAGAGGGCUCCGGCAGCGCCUCAGACGAUGAACUGGAUCAGGAAACGCCCUCAACCCCACUCGAGAAUGUGUUCGGCGUGAAGACGCGCGGCAAGGACUCGUCCAGCAAGCCAGCGCGCCAGACCGUCAAGCAUCCGUUUAAGGCCGUGGCAGCCACGCACGCGGCGUUCAGGAAGCCGCGCACGGAACGCGGCGCGGGAAUAGCAACUGAGGUGGCAGCCGGCGGAGGACGUCGCCUGGUGACCGUUGUUGAAUCGAAGCGUGCUUAAUACUAACAGUUUGACAUGAAUUGAGGUUUUAUGUUCUGUUUUUUUUUUUUUGUUUUUUCUUUGUGUGUGUACAAUUCUCGAUUUUUAAUUGUAAUUAAAAUUGUAAGGCAAUGUUGCGAAAUUGUUUGCCUUGCCUCGAAAACAACAAAACUUUCAAAAAUGUACUUAACUUAAUUUUGACAACUUAAAACUAUGCAAAAAAACGAAAUGAGCAAAAUUUGGUUUGAUUUUUGUGUUUUACAGUUUGAGAGCAAUUAAAUGUGGGUGCACGGGAUGUGAAUGCUGGAAUUGUUACAAAUGUAUCUGUGUGUGUGUGU